CAAACAUCUCGGCAGCAGAGCGUAAGAAUCUUGAGCUGCGGCUGAAGGAACGGGAGGACCAGCUGACCCCGAUGUACCACCAGGUCGCCGUGCUGUUCGCUGACCUUCAUGACCGUGCUGGCCGCAUGCAGGAGAAGGGCGUCAUACUGGAAACUCUGGAAUGGAGAAUGUCUCGAAAGUUCUUCUACUGGCGGCUGAGACGUCUUCUGCUGGAAGGGAGAAUUCACAAACAGAUCAGCCAAGCAAACGAAGACCUGAGUGUUGCCCAGAUGCAGGCCAUGCUGAGGAGGUGGUUCAUCGAAGCCGAGGGAACAGUUAAGGCCUAUGAGUGGGACAAUAACCAGUCGGUUGUCCAGUGGCUGGAGGCCCAGCUGAGUGAAGAGGAGCCGCAUUCCGUCAUCAAGGACAACAUCAACUGCCUGAAGCGGGACCACGUGCUGCAGCAGAUCAGGAGCCUGGUCCAGGACAACCCCGAGGUCGCCAUCGACUCCAUCGUUCACAUGACCCAGCACAUGACCCCGUCCCAGCGCAACGAGGUCGCCCGUAUCCUAGCAACCAUGGACACAUCCUCGUAACACCCGUAUCCUAGCAACCAUGGACACAUCCUUGUAAUGCCCAUAUCCUAGCAACCAUGGACACAUCCUUGUAACACCCGUAUCCUAGCAACCAUGGCCACAUCCUCCUGAUGUCUGUAUCCUAGCAACCAUGGACACAUGUUUUCUCCUGCUGAAAUUGGCAGAUUGUUCUGCAGCAUUAAUAUGUACCAGUAGUAACAUGUACAUUGUAACAUGCAGCAUUAAUAUGUACCAGGCUCUAAUAAUCCUGACCCUGAGUCCUGGUAACUUGUUUGGAGUUUUCCUGAUGUGGACAUGCUGUUUGCUGUUUUCAGUGAAUGACAAUCUGAUUUGUGAAAUCUGAUAUGUGAAAUCUGAUAUCUUAGUUAGAUGUGAAAUCUGAGAUGUGAAAUCUGAUAUGUGAAAUCUGAUAUGUGAAAUAGGAUAUGUGAAAUCUGAUAUGUGAAAUCUGAUAUGUGAAAUAGGAUAUGUGAAAUAGGAUAUGUGAAAUAGGAUUUGAUAUGAUUCAUGACAGUCUUGCUUAAUUCUGAACUGAAUGGAUUGAAUGAAUGUGAAAAUAUUUAAUGCAGUGAUUAGAAGUGCGCCAUAUUUAAAUUGUAAAGAGAUGUUAAACUAGUUAGGAAAAAGGGAAGAAUAUUUUGUACAUAAUGGUCAUGUGUAAAAUUGGGACUUUCCAUAACUCUGCCAAAGAGGCUAUACAUUUUUUAAUAAGUACUGUAAUGAGUUCAACAGUAGCAUGUGUUCUAAUAGCAGGCCAGCUGGAAACUUUGUGAAUGUAGUUUUUAUUUUUGUGUUUGGCAGGGUUAUGAUUAAUAUCUAGGUCCAGGAAGACAGGCAAUAAAAAUGAUGUAAAGGACA